AUGUGCAACGUCAUUCAGCUGCUAUUCAGCUGCGACCAUCUGGUCAAGGUCCGGCGCUCUCAAUGUAGAGAGACGAAACACAAGGACAAGCCAACGAACACCAGAGCUGCAUGCACGGCGGCGUCACUUCUCACUCUCAACGUUCAGGCCGACUGUAGCUCCUGCCUGUAUACAACUUGGGAAAACGACAAGACAGCCGAGUUAGCGCGCGCCAAAGCCUUCCUCGACGAACUCAAGAAGAAGUGCUUGCCUGGCGUCGACGAGAUAUCGGCACUGGUAGAAGAUCUCGAGGUAAAGUACCAGGCAGCAUCCUGGCACAUGGCUUCUCAUGCUUCUAAGAAACUGGCAAAGGUUCCCGUGACAAAUCACAGGACGGCAGCUUCGCCUCUUUUACAAGAAUUGCACCCGGAAGAUGUCAUGGGGGCUGAGUGUGAGAAGCAAUGGAAUGAAAUGGAGGACCGCGACUAUGAUGGGGACUACAUCGCAAGCAUGGACCCGAUGCAUCCUGUCAGCACUGACUAUUCUCACCCUCGGGAUGAUGACGAUGGCGCCUGGCUCUCAGAAGACUUGUUGCCUGAGGAACACACAACGCAGAACGAGGACGUGUUGCUUGACUUUGACCAGCCACGAUGGAUCUGGGACACGGCAGAGGAAGUGAGGAACACAGCAGUAGUACCAGAAGAUGACCACAACGCCAUUAAGCCCGCUUAUCGGGAUACCAAUGAUGGUGAGCUCAUGGCAUGGGGUACUUUGGCCCCCACAACUAAAGAUGAAGUACAACCAGACAAGACCCAGCUCGUCCAAGAUUUCUGGAAUUUCGUCAACCCUAUCAGCAACAACAGCAACAGCAACAGCAACACUGACACCGUCAACAUGAUAAUGGACCAAGAGCCCCAUGAACAGACUUUGCCCCUUCAAAUCCUCGAACCCACUCCAGGUUCCUCCCCCUCAACACCCCCGGAACAGACACCACACUGGCCAGACAGCCCCACGGAAGCCGAUCGUCGAAUCCUAACCUCACCGUCUGCCCCGUUAACCCGGCCACCUCCUCCAACAAGUCUAAACUCUACGCGUACAAACUUCGACAACCAGCGCCGACAGCUCAAGGAGCAGCUACAACGUGACAGAGAUCAGAAAAAGUUCCACGGCGGUUGGCUACGAGUGGCACGAGAGGAGGUAAAGGCUGUUGAAGGACUGUGGCUUCGUGAUCCAUGA